CGGGCGGGUUUUGGCGCCGCGGGGUGUGACGUCACGUGCCGCCCCGCGCAGUGCGGCCUGUCCGGGCCCCGCCCGCGGCUGCACAUGGCGGAACAGGCCGAGCUGCGGCUGCUGCUGCUGCAGGACGCUCGGGAGAGCAUCGAGGCGGCGCGCAGCUACCGGCGGGAACUGCAGCAACGGCUGCGGGGGCUGCAACAGGCCAGGACACAGAUCAGAGAAAGUGCAACCUUGACCAGAGAUGUACUCGAGCAACAUUUUAAUGAUUUAAAAGGGACCCUAAAGAAGCUGUUGGAUGAGCGACUGUUGUCACUGCUGCAGGAAGUGGAUGCUAUAGAACAAGAGAGCAUCAAACCACUGGACGAAUGCCAGAAGCUGAUAGAGCACGGAGUCAGCACGGCUGAUGAUCUGCUCCGGGAAGGAGAGAGUGCAAUCUGUGGAGAUGUGGAACAACACAAUGAAAAACUUUGCAGCUUUACAAAAAAAGCUUUACAUAUUCAGCUUGAUAGCUUACCAGAAGUGCCCUCCUUGGUCGACGUGCCUUGUUUAUCUGCCCAGCUGGAUGACUGCCUUCUUACUAUCCUGAGAAAUCAGAUAUUCAGACACGGGACUGUAGCCUCUCGCCCACCUGUACAAUUGGAGGAAUUUGUUGAGAAGCCUGGAGGCAUUUUAGUCCGAUGGUGUAAGGUGGAUGAUGACUUUGUACCACAAGAUUACAGACUGCAGUAUCGUAAGAGCACUGCCAGUCACUUUGAAGAUGUGUACGUCGGCUCAGAGACAGAGUUCAUAGUGCUGCACAUUGAUCCUAACGUUGAUUACCAGUUCAGAGUCUGUGCCCGAGGAGACGGACGGCAGGAGUGGAGUCCAUGGAGCGUCCCUCAGAUCGGCCGCACCACGCUGGUUCCCCAUGAAUGGACAGCUGGUUUGGAGGGGUACAGCCUGAGCAGCCGAAGAAACAUAGCACUGCGCAAUGAUUCUCAGUCAUGUGGUGUGCUCUACUCCAAAGCUCCUACUUAUUUCUGUGGGCAAACGUUAACAUUCAGAAUUGAAACCGUGGGGCAGCCUGACAGACGGGACAGCCUGGGAGUGUGCGUGGAGCAGCAGAAUGGCUACGAUUCCCUGCAGCGAGAUAAAGCUGUGUGCAUUAGCACAAAUGGGGCAGUGUUUGUAAAUGGAAAGGAGAUGACAAACCAACUGCCUGCCGUCACUUCUGGAUCCACUGUGACGUUUGACAUGGAAGUUGUGCAGCUGGGGCCUCCCAGCACCGAGGGGGGAAACUUCAAGCUGCGGGUAACCAUCAGCUCUAACAACAGGGAAGUGGUCUUUGACUGGGUGCUGGAUCAGUGCUGCGUCUCGCUGUAUUUUGGAUGUUCCUUCUCAUACCCAGGCUGGAAAGUGCUGGUGUUUUAACAGCUCGGGAGAGUGAAGAUUCUCACUGUAACGUGUGGUAUCACAGCCCGGGCGUUCAGCUGUUUUAUAUCAAUCUUUCUACUACUUGAACUCCACUAUAUUGUGCUCCUGCUGGAUUCAUUUCAGAAAAUAAUUGUGAAACAGUGGAUUUGUUACUCUGGGAAAGGUUGAGCAGUUGGUCACAGCGACAGUUUAAAGCAAGUCCAUAAGACUGUGGGGUUUUUUUUUCUCCUCCAGACUUGAUUUUGUUUUAAAUCAGUAUUUCCUUGUACUCUCGGCUCAGGGUACGCUUAUCAUAUGAAAUUAACUUCGCUUAAUGCUGCUGUUCUGUGAAAUAAGCCUGUAAACUCUUAGGGAGGUAAUGGACCAAAGUUAUAUUUAUGCCACUCAUAAGAAGAGCAAAUGCUCUGCUCUGCUUCCUUGUGUGCGAUGCUGCCAUCGUAAGGACAGACAGCAGGUCCCACAUUCCACAGCAGCUUCUUCUGUGCCCGGUACUGUUUAUUCCUCCAGAACAAGGAUGUCUGAGCCAUGGCGUUUGUUCAGAUACGGAGCUAUUCUGCUCAACGUCUCACUCAUGUGCCUUAUUUCCAGGUAUUUCUGCAUUGUUUUCUGUGUCGUUACAUGGAAUAGAGUUUCUAUAGUUCCACGUGAUGCUUACAUCCCCAGCUUAAUGCUGACACUUGUCACAUGCACCAACAUCUACAGCGGGACAGUUCCCUUAUCUGGUCUGAAUGACUUUCCUAGUUAUACUUUGUAGCCUAAUCUGAGCAAAUCUUGGGGAUUUGGUACUUUUGUGUGGCAUGUAGAUGGAAGGAAGCUGCGAUUCUUCACAGACCCUGCACAGGGCAGAGGCCACUUCCUUUCCAUUGGACUGAGCAGCUGUUCCCACGUGUGGGAUUCCCAUUAGUGCCCAUUGAUGACCUGCACGUAUGGUGCAGUUUGGCUCUCUCUGUGGUGGAGAUACAGGACUAAUUUAAACCGUAUAUAAAGCUACCAGUAUUUCCCAUAAGUAUCAAAAUGAUUUAUAAUGAUGAGCUUAUCAAACAGGUUUUCUUUGGUCAAAAGAUGGAAUUGUGAUAUACUGGAUUCAAAGAGUAUUUUUAAGUAAUGCUCAUCAAGGACCUUAAAGCAGACUUUCUUACCUCAAGUACGAGAUAUCAGUAAUAUAUUUUUACUAACACCUAGACAAUCAUUCCGCCCUUCUUCUUCAGUCUCAACAUGCCAUGUUACCCCUCAUGCUAACAUAAACAGAUUGGAUCAGUAUCCCCCUGUUUGCACCAUCAGUACAAAACAGAUCAGCUGUCCUGCCUGCAUUGUUCUACUAACAGCUGUGAUAGGGAACUGCAGAAAAGGAGAACAGUAGCUGGUAAUUAUGAGUUGCUUCAGGUAGCUGGGAAGAACUGAGAUACAGCAGAAUUGGAUUUUACUAUUAAGCAUUAAGGAGUGGACACCUGCAGGAAAGACUAAUCUAUGCAAGCAAGAAAAAGCCUGCUGUAUUGUCCACUUCUCAAGCUAAACUAUUUCAGUGUUAGGCAGUAGAAAGGUACUUGCACAUGCUGUACUUCCAGUAUUCCUUUUAACUGUGAUGUGAAGAAUAUCGCUAACAGUGCUGCAUCCCAUCUGCUGUCUCAGAUAUUGUUCUUGUGCUGUAGCCACAAGAGCUGAGCAGCUGGGUCAGUGCUGCUCGGAGGGGCUGGCAGUGCUGCAGUCAGUCGUGCUCUGCUGGGAUGCAUCGGUAGUUUUAGCUGUAAGACUUCAGAGGUCAGGUACUGGUUCUAAGUCCGCACUGCUACUGUUUGGAAACGAACAUAGCAAAUACCUACACUUGUGAGCAACCAGCAGCUCAGCUCCCUUCCAUCUGCUUUUGGAGGGUCUAAGUCAUUGCUGCUGCUGUUUACCAGCAUUGUGGGACAUGAAGCUUGAGUUCAGGUACUUCCAGAGAUGGGAAUGCUUCAUUGAGAAUACAGUUAGCAAACAGCUGAAGGUAACUGUGAAGGGCCGUCCCAGGAUGCGUUACCCCCAGGACAUCCCUGCUGCUCCCGUUGAGAGCUGGGGAUGGGAAGACAAAACUUGUUCUGACCUCAGAUUUGAGCUCGUUGCGACCAGGGCAGCAUCCCAGUUGUGAAUUUCUAACUGAGAAUAAGACCAGCUGCCCAAAUGAGCAUUUAGGUACCGCUCAGCCACCUCACAGAAGCUGUACGCUUAAAGCUGGGAAGGGUGAAGAACCCCAGGACAAGAGAGCUGAGUAAUAACAUAACCAGGUAUCCCAGGAACCAGAGGAGGCUUGGAUUACAAAGGCUGAAAUUCUGUCCUUCCUCAGCAGAGCUCAGCUGGAUGGAAGACUGCGCCCUUCCUUCACAGCUUUUUUCACCUCCAGCAAUUGGAGCCUUGCAGCAAGAGCUGAACUGCUUGGCAAGUCCUGGGAGUGUUUUUGGAGCUGUACGUUCAUUUACCUCAACUCAGAUGUUUGUGUCAAGUGAAAGUUGAAGUUUUUUAAAUAAAGUUUUAUCCCACA